AUUUGCACAAAUAUUCAGAAAAAGGGCUGGAAAAUCGUCCGCGACAGGCAGGGCAGGAUCGGCCCUUAUGCCUAUCUGAGGGACCAGUGGGUGUCUUUUGAUGACAUUGGAAUGAUCAGGCACAAGUCCGAGUACAUUAAAGCAAUGGGGCUGGGCGGUGGGAUGAUUUGGGCUCUUGAUUUGGAUGAUUUCAGAAACGAGUGUGGAUGCGAAGAGUAUCCCUUGUUGAGGACGAUCAAUCGCGUCCUACGCGACUAUAAAGUUGCAGAUCCCAAAUGCGUUCUAGGGAAAGGCCAGCACAAGCCAGCCGUCCCUAGUAAGCCCUCUACGGUAAAGCCUACUCAAAAGCCCCCAGGCUGGGACGUUGAAGGCACUUCGCCUGAAGCUCCACAGCCUGCAUUGGAAGCUUGCAAUGGGAACGACUUCCUGCCGGUGCCUUCCAACUGCAACCACUACUACCUGUGCAAUCAAGGAUUCUACACGUUGCAAAGUUGCCCCAGCGGCUUAUACUGGAACAAGGGGCACUGCGAUUGGCCAGAAAACACCCCCUGCCAUCCAGACAGCACCACCACUGAAGCCCCAUCUGGAUCAGCAGAUGGUGGAUCAUCAGUCCCAACAGUUUCUACCAGUAUUAUCGACAUUCCCUCCAGUACGCAACAUUAUCCUUCCAUAGAGGGCGAAUACAAAGUGGUGUGCUACUUUACAAAUUGGGCCUGGUACCGGCAAGGAGAAGGGAAAUAUCUGCCCUCUGAUAUCGAUGGCUCCUUAUGCACGCACAUCAACUACGGGUUUGCCGUUCUGGAUCCCAAUUCUUUGACCAUCAAACCCCAUGAUUCCUGGGCGGACAUUGAUAAUGAAUUCUACACCAAAGUCAUCGCCUACAGAUCCAAAGGAAUCAAGGUGCUGAUCGCAAUUGGCGGUUGGAACGAUUCACUAGGGGAUAAAUAUUCUCGUCUAGUCAACAAUCCGGGAGCUCGAGCCAAAUUCAUUUCGAAUGUGAUCGAGUUUAUCGAACAGUGGGGCUUCGAUGGUCUGGAUUUGGACUGGGAGUAUCCCAAAUGUUGGCAGGUGGAUUGCCACAAAGGUCCAGACUCUGAUAAGCAGGGCUUCGCCUCAUUGGUCCAAGAACUGAGCCAGGCCUUCAAGCCCAAAGGCCUGCUGCUUUCUUCAGCUGUGUCCCCUAGUAAGGCUGUUAUUGAUGCUGGCUACGACGUUCCAGCGUUGAACCGCUACUUUGACUGGAUCGCCAUUAUGACCUACGACUUCCAUGGACACUGGGACAAAAUCACUGGCCAUGUGGCGCCCUUGUACUACUAUCCGGAGGACAUUUACGACUACUUCAACGCUAACUUCUCCAUCAACUACUGGAUAGAAAAGGGGGCUGAUCCCAAGAAACUAGUGAUGGGGAUGCCGCUGUAUGGACAGUCGUUCACUUUGGCGGAUAGUUCGAACUAUGCCCUCAACGACCCGUCUUAUGGGCCGGGAGAAGCUGGGGAAUUCACCCGAGCUGGAGGAUUUCUGGCUUUCUACGAAAUCUGUGAGCGUGUGAAGAGCAAGAGUUGGACAGUCAAGCGGGACCCUCUAGGGAGACUUGGGCCUUAUGCCCACAUGGGGAGCCAAUGGGUGUCGUAUGAUGAUAUUGCAGACAUUCGCAGAAAGUCCCAACUGGUGAAGACUCUGGGGCUUGGAGGCGGCAUGAUUUGGGCUCUGGAUCUGGACGAUUUCCGAAAUCGAUGCGGCUGUGGAAAACACCCGCUACUCAAAACCCUAAACCACGAGCUGAGAGGAACCGCAACCGAUAUAACCAUGGAAAACUGUACAUAGAAUGUGAUAUUGUUUGGUCGAAAACCCUCAGCUGAAAAAACAGGCAUUGGCAGAUUGGGAUUGGGGUUUCGUGUUUAAAUUGUAGGCAAACCCUGGGGUUUACCACAUUUUUCGCAUCUAGAUUUGUCAAUGUUUCUUUUGCCAGAAGCUUUGGAUUUUCGCAGCUGAUUAGGGCUGCUGGUGAUCGGAGCUUAACUUGUAUAAUUUAAGUUAUUUCUAGGUUUUUGAAAUAUACGUUCUUAUCAGAUCAG